UUGAUUCUUCUGUAUGUGACGCGAACAUGCUUAAUGCUGUGAAGACAAGUGCUGUUUCUAAAACCCCAAACUCUAUUUCCAUUACAACGGUCGAAGAUGAACGUCACGAACUGAAAACACUCGUCUGCCCUAACAAACUCAAAUGAGCACUGACGCCAUGGAAGUUGAUCCACCCGAUGGUCAUACCAUGCAGCAAAAGGCAGAGACUUUACAUCGUUUGGCAACGGGUCAAUUAUCUUCUUCCCUUUCUAAGCUUCUGGGUUCUUCUCAGGAUAUAUCCACCGAUAAAGACUUCCAUUUCUAUCACAAGUUUAACGAUUUCAAGGUGCCGAUUCAGGAGAUUGCUGAGAAAUCGAAGAUAAUGCUUGAUACUAUUGGUUCUUCUUCUUCCCGUUUGUGGGAUAAAGAGAUGGCUUUUCCUGAGGAUUUGAAUGAAGCAUAUGGCUGGUUGGUGAAUAUGAAUGACCAUGUGUUUGAAAGGUUUGAUGCGUCGACUGAUGAGUUUCAGAGACUGGGGGAAAAUGGAGUCAGAGAAAUGGAGUUGGUGGACUCCGACAAUGAUUUCCAGAUGCUUUCCGGGAUGAACAAUAAGGAGGAGGAGGAGGAGGGUCAUGGUCAGGUAGUGGAUACAGAAGUAAGGGAAGAAAAUCUCAGUCCUCCUGCAGUGAAGUUAGUUUCAAAGGACACAAAAUGUACAUUAAUAAAGGCCAAGGUGCCAUUUCACAUACCAUCUAUACCUAAGCCCCAAGAUGAGUAUAAGAUUGUGGUUAACAACUCAAAUAAGCCCUUCGAUCAUGUUUGGUUGCAGAAGGGAGAUGGUGGUUUGACGUUCAUGCAUCCCCAGAAGAAAUUCUCCUUUGAGGAUUUUGUUGACAAAGAUAUUGAGCAUGUUCAACCUGUGAAAUCACCUCCAAUCGAGGAUACCCCCUUUAAGCUUGUGGAGGAUGUAAAAGACUUGAAGUUGUUGGCUGCAAAGCUGCGCAUUGCUAAUGAAUUUGCGGUUGAUCUGGAGCAUAACAAUUAUCGAUCUUUUCAAGGCUUGACUUGUUUAAUGCAAGUUUCAACAAGGACUGAGGACUUUGUUGUGGAUACAUUGAAGCUCCGUAUUCAUAUUGGUCCUUAUCUCAGAGAGGUUUUCAAAGAUCCCACCAAAAAAAAAAUUUUUCACGGUGCAAACAAUGACAUUUUAUGGCUUCAAAGGGAUUUUGGCAUAUAUGUCUGCAAUAUGUUUGAUACUGGACAGGCUUCAAGGGUGUUAGAACUGAAAAAAUGUAGUUUGGAGUAUCUUCUUUCUCAUCUUUGUGGAGUUGCAGCUAACAAAGAAUAUCAAAAUUCAGAUUGGAGACUUCGUCCCCUUCUCCCAGAAAUGAUUAAGUACGCCAGAGAAGAUACACACUAUCUGUUGUAUAUCUAUGAUUUGUUAAGAAUCAGGUUACACUCAACAGCUUCUGAGACUAGUCUGCUGGCUGAGGUCUACAGGCGCAGUUAUGAUUUAUGCAUGCAACUUUAUGAGAAGGAGCUGUUGACAGAUACUUCAUAUCUUAACGUACAUGGUUUGCAGAAUGCUGAUUUAAACGCUCAACGGCUUUCAGUAGCUGCAGGACUUUAUCAAUGGAGAGAUGGUAUUGCUCGAACAGAAGAUGAGAGCACUGGGUACAUAUUGCCAAAUAAGACUCUUCUUGAACUUGCUAAGAAUCCGCCUUUCACCCCCUUUAACUUAAUGCGAGUGAUUACAUUUAAGCACCCAUUCGUGGAGAAAAAUAUUAGUGUCGUGAUUAGUAUUAUCAGGCGUGCAUACCAAAAUUAUUCCUCAUUUGAAGCUGCUGCUCUACAGCUGAGAGAGAAACGUCUGGCAACGGAAGCUGCAAGAAAUGCCACUAGGGAUAGUCUAUUUGAAUCCCCUCCUGCUGAAUUAUCUCCAACGGAAAGUGAUUUCAGCAGGUUAGAGUCUCUACUCUACGAUCCUCCUGAGACUAGAUCAUCAUCCUCCAGUUUCACAACUAUCAGUGGAGUACGCAUUUCGGAGCCACCUGGUGGAAAUGGGUUCAAAAGAGAAAGCCUUGCAGUUGCUGGGGAGGUUGGAGGAAGCUCUAUGAGUGGAGCAGUUGUCCAGGCACAGAAGAUGCCAAUCAGUGCUUUGGGGGGCGUUGUUGGGAGUUUCUCAACAAAGAGGGAAUUCAUUCUUGAUAAAAAGCUGGAAAAGGAAGAGAUCAAGAUGGAGCAGAUAAAAUCUCCAAUGAACAUUGAUCAGCUGCAGCCAUCGGAUGAACUUGAACCUGUGGAGGAACCUCAACCUACUACACCUAAAGCAUCUGAAAUUAUUUGUUUGGAUAGUGACUCAGACAUUGAGGAACCUGAAGCAGACGAAGAUCUGGAAGAGCAUGGGAAGGCGCAUUCUCUGAAAAUUGAUAUAAUUUGUUUGGAUAGCGAUUCGGACAUUGAUGAACCUGAAUUGGAAAUGGUGAAUGGAGGAGAGCAGAUUGAAAUGCUCUCGGCCUUGUCAACUAGCCUUCAGGAUUGCCUCAACAAGUCCACAACCCAUAUCGGAAAUCCCUAGCUGGAUGAGAAGAUGAUGACUGGAUCUGCUGGCUUGUUGUGAAUAUAGAGGAUGAUAAAAAAUAAUGAAGGUGGAAUUAAACUUUUUUGGCAGUUGUUCAUGGUUUUUGUUGCUCCUAGCUAGCUUAAGACUUCAAAUAAAAUGCCUUACAAUAUACUUUUCUUAACUUGAAAAGAAUGUUGAAAUCGACUUGGUGUCGAAGCAAAAAUGGUCAAAACCUAAGUUAUCU